CCGGCGGCGCGCGCUAUGGCGGCAGCAGGGCGGGGAACCUCGGGACACAGGGGCACCAGCGGGGUCCCCGGUGCGGGGAGCACCGUCCCGCCGCCGCCCGUGGUACCGGCAGCCUGGCAGCGGCCAUACCUGAACGUCUUCAAGCACUUCCGUGUGGAGGAGUGGAAGCGCUCUGCCAAGGAGGGGGACGUGGCCGCCCUCACGGACACGAGGCUGAAGGGAACUGUGUACCGGAUCCGGGGCUCCAUCCCCGGCAGCAGCUACCUGCAGCUGCCCCGCACCGGGACGCAGUCGCUGGGGCUGACCGGGCGCUACCUCUACCUGCUCUUCAGGCCCAUGCCCCGCAAGCACUUUGUUGUCCACCUGGACGUCACCACUGAGGAAAAGCAAGUGGUUCGCAUCUCCUUCUCCAGCCUCUUCAAGGAAUUCAAAUCCACGGCCACCUGGCUGCAGUUCCCCUUCGUCUGUGGAGUGGCUGAGGGCUUGGCCAGGGCGCCCAGGCACGAUCUGCUGGGAGCUGCCCCCACCGACGUGCGCUGGACCUGCCUCGUGCUCGACCUUCGCUCCAUCCUCUCCCUCUACCUCAACCGCCACUACAGCCACCUCAAGAGCAUCAAGCUCUGCUCCAACCUGCUGGUGAAAAACCUCUGCACCAGCGACUUGGUGUUUGACCCAGGCGUGACCUUCUCGGAGGCCCGUCAAGCCGAGCUGGCAUGCCGCGGGGUCGCGCCCAUGCCGCGGGAGAUGGCUUUCCCUGUGCCGAAGGGCCAGAAGUGGCAUGACCUUUACGACUACAUCAGGUUCCCAUCUGAGGGGUCCAAGCUGCCGAACAACUCCAUCCAGAAGAGCUGUCCCGGCCCUGCGGCAGGUGGCCAAGCCCCAGAGGACCCCGUCCAGCAGCAGCCGGUGGCGCUCGCCAGUGCAGUCCGUGACCGACUGUCCCUCAUCCAGCAGAUAACCAGUCCCAAAGCUGUGCCACACUGCUGUCCUGUCAUUCCAAAAAGCAUCCCUGAGGUUCACCUGACAGCCCCCAGGCCUCUGAGAGCUGUGCCAGCUGGGAACCAGGAGCUAGAGCAGAACCAGAAGCUGCACAGUGUGGGGGACACUGGCCAGUCUCCAACAGUCAGCGACGGUGGCAUCCACGUGUACGCUCACCAGAAGAGCAAACGAGCCAUCCGAGCUGUCCACGCUGGCUCAGAGGAGAGGCUCUUACCGGAUCCCAUCCUGGAGCUGAGAAUGAUUAUUGGCUUUGGAGGCUGCAGCACCAAGUGGGCACUGUGGGCUCAGAACAACACUGCAGUGGUCUACCCCUGCCACGCAGUCAUCGUGACCCUGCAGAUCCGCUCCAGGAAGCAGAGGUUCUUCAUUGGGCACACGGAUAAGGUGUCAGCACUGGCCUUCAAUGGGAGCAGCACCUUGCUGGCUUCUGCGCAGGCUGGUCCCCGGAGCGUCGUGCGCCUCUGGGACUUCCCAACGGGAAGCUGCCUCUCCAUGUUCAAAACCCACGUCCACUCCCUCUUGUCCCUGAGCUUUUCCCACAGUGGAGCCGUUCUGUGCGGUGUUGGAAAGGAUCGGCACGGCAAAACGAUGGUGGUGGUGUGGAACACUGCUCAGGUGACCCAGGGUGGAGAGGUGGCCAUGCUGGCCAAAGCACACACAGAUGUGGACAUCCAGGCCUUGAAGAUUACUUCCUUUGAUGAUACCAGGAUGGUGUCAUGUGGCUGGGACAACAUCAGGCUGUGGCGAGUGCGGAGCGGAGUGCUGCGCUCCUGUCCUGUCGACCUGGGCGAGUACCAUUCCCUGGAGUUCACUGGCCUGGCCUUCCAGGAGGGACACGCAGCUGAGCGGGAGCGUGAGGACCGCACAUUCUUUGUCUGCAGCAAGAGCGGCCACAUCUUGGAGGUGGACUACGAGAACGUGAGCGUGCGGAGUGCGCGGCGGCUGCUGCCCGCACCGCUCUGGGACUGCCAGCGGCUGGACAAGGCAGGUGCUGGGAUUGCUAUAAACAGCAUUAGCAUCUCCUCACACUUCUGUGCCACCGGUUCAGAAGAUGGCUACCUGCGGCUGUGGCCACUGGACUUCUCAGCUGUUGUUGCAGAGGCAGAGCAAGAGGCUCCGGUGACUUGUGUGUGCAUCAGCCCGGACGGCCGCAGAAUCUUGUGCACGACGGCUGCUGGGUAUCUGGGCUACCUGGAUCUCCAGUCCUGGGACUCCAACACCCUCAUGCGCUCUCAUGGGGACUCUGUUCUGGCAUUCUCCAUGGAGGGGGUUUGGAAGCAGAUGGCAACGGUGUCUCAGGACAGCACCAUCCGGGUCUGGGACCUCGUCUCCAUGCAGCAGCUGUACGACUUCACAGCUGCAGAGGGAACACCAUGUGCUGUGGCCUUUCACCCUACCCAGCAGAUCCUGGCCUGUGGCUUUGACAAUGGGAUGGUGUGGACCUUCAGCCUCGCCACCUCCAGUCUCCUGGUGGAGCACAAGCAGCACUGCACUGUCAUCACUGGGCUGACCUUCUCUCCAGAUGGCAAUUUCAUGUUCAGCUCCUGUUUGCAGGGAAGUCUUGCUCUUUACAGCUGCAUGACACAGAAAAGCCAUGUCUUGAGAGUCCUGGGCAACGUGGUGGCCUGGGACGCGGGGAGCGGUCCGGACGCGCUGGUGGUCAGUGGGGACAGCCGUCUCCUUGCCUUCGUGGGGCCCUGCAAGUAUGUUGUGACCGUGAUGGAGGCUUGCUCACUGGAUGAGCUGCUGAGGGUGGACAUCAGCAUCCUCGAUUUGAACAGCACAGCCUUGGACUCUGCAGUGGGAGUCUGCUUUGCUCCUGUGCCUCGAGGCGAGCUCCUGGUGGCCACUUCUUCCAAUAAAAUCCUUGUGCUUGAUGCAAAAACGGGACGACUGGUGCGAGAGGUGUCUCCUGUGCACAAGCUGUCCUGUUCUUCCUUGGCAUUGAGUGAGGAUGGCAGGUACCUGCUCACUGCUGGUGACAAAGUCAUCAAGGUGUGGGACUAUCAGAUGCGCUCCAAUAACAACUUCCAGGUGUACAUCGGGCACUCAGAGCCAGUGCGCCAGGUUGCCUUCACCCCAGACCAGCGGCAUGUCAUCAGUGUUGGAGAUGCCAUCUUCCUAUGGGAUUUCCUAGCUCUGCCUGAGAAGAGGUCACCACCAGCUGGGCUUCGUUCCUCUGAGUCCGUUCCGCUGCUAGGACCAGGGCAGAGGAAAAGUGGCUUCUCUGGUGUAGGAGGAAGCUGGAGAAAUGAGCUUGGAGAAUGCGGCUCUGAGAAGCUGAAGGAUGCCUCUGAGACGCCUCGGCAGGCAGUGCCUCUUCCAUUGCUGUCCUCACCACCGUGUUUGGAUGUCAGCUCUGUCCACCAAGCAGGAUGUCAAAGUAUCUUCUCCGAGUCAGACAAAGAGGAGGAAGCAGAUCUGCCAGGCGGCAGCAGGAUGGUGGUGAAUGGAGACAAAGAUGCCUCGGUCCUUGUGGUGGAGCCAGUGAGGAAUAAGGAGCUCGUUGUGGUGAGGCCCAAAGAGAGGCAAGAGAGCUCGAGGUCUCCUGGAGCAUUGGCAAGUGAACUCAGAAAGGAGAUCACAAGCCCCAAGCCUCAGUGCUCUGUGCGCCCAGAUUCCUACCGGCAUUUCACUCCUUGCUUCAAAGCAUCAGUGUUCCCCAAGAGUUUCUUACCUCCUCCAGCUGGCAGUGAGGUCUUGAAGCUGAAAGCAGUGAUCGGCUACAAUGGGAAUGGCAGAGGGAAUAUGGUGUGGAACCCGGACACAGGCUUCUUCGCCUACACCUGUGGCUGCAUCAUCGUGGUGGAAGACCUGCACUCAGGGUCACAGAAUCACUGGCUUGGCCAUGCCGAGGAGAUCUCCACACUCGCUGUCAGCCAUGAUGCCCAGGUUCUUGCCUCUGCCUCAGGAAAGAGGAAUGGAGACUCCCACUGUCAGAUCUGCAUCUGGAAUGUCCAGGAUGGGCUUUGCACAGCAAGUCUCUUCCACCAUGAGACCCAAGUCCAAGCCAUGGCAUUCUCUCGGGAUGAUCGAUUCCUUGUCACCCUCGGGGACUACAGCGAUCAAACCAUUGCUCUGUGGAACACCUACACUUAUGAACUCAUGUGGUCAACUUGUAUCUCGGAGCCAGUCCAUGAUGUGGCUUUUAGUCCUUUUUCUCACAGAGAACUGGCCUGCGUGGCGAAGGGAGCUGUGAUGUUCUGGCUGUUGGAGCAGCAGGGAGCUGAUGUCCACCUCAAGGUUCAUUGUGCCCCUGCCCCAGAUGUGUUGGGGCCGGUGGAGCUGACCUCUCUCUGUUACGGUGUCGACCCUCUUCUUUAUAGUGGGACCAACUCAGGCCAGAUCUGUGUGUGGGACACUGGGACUAAUCGCUGCUUCAUGAUGUGGGAGGCCGAUGACGGUGAGAUCGGUGUGCUGGAGUGUCGGCACAACAGGCUGCUGAGCGGCAGCAACGCGAAACGCAUCCGCCUGUGGGCAGUGGCCGCUGUGCAGGAGCUGAGGCUGAAAGGUCCCGAUGCCAGGACUAACUUGGUCCUUCUAGAACAUGAGAUCACUCUUGACGGGACGAUAGUCAGUGCAGCCUUUGAUGACUCUUUGGAAAUGGGAAUUGUGGGCACCACGGCAGGAACCCUGUGGUACAUCAGUUGGACAGAGAGCACGAGCAUCCGACUGAUCAGCGGCCACAAGAACAAGGUGACUGAAGUGUGCUUCAGUCCUGAUGAGACUCACUGUGCAACAUGCGGGGAGGACGGCAGCGUGAGGAUCUGGUCUCUGAGCAGCAUGGAGCUGGUGGUACAGUUCCAAGUGCUCAACCAGAGCUGCCAGUGCCUGGCCUGGAAGCCUCAUCCCGUCGUUGCAUGGGGAGCUGAGAGCCAGCAUGUAGUGGCAGGGUACAGCGAUGGCACCAUCCGUGUGUUCAGCAUUUCCAGGACAGAGAUGGAGCUGAAAAUGCACCCCCAUGCCGUUGCACUGACUGCGAUUGCCUACUCCACAGACGGAGAAAUGAUCUUAUCGGGGGGCAAGGACGGGCUCGUGGCCGUCAGCAGCCCUCGCACUGGAAUGACCAUUCGCGUCCUUGCUGACCACAAAGGCUCCCCCAUCACUGUUCUGCAGUGCACCACAAAGCAGUACCAGGACUUUGGGGUGGAAGGAGGCGAGCUCUGGCUGGCCACCAGCUCGGACCGGCGGGUCAGCAUCUGGGCCUCCGACUGGCCGAAGGACAAGUGUGAGCUCCUCGAUUGGCUCAGCUUCCCUGCUCCUGCCAGCCCCAAGGGUCUCGACACACUUCCGCCCAGCCUGGCCGCAUUCUGCCCGUGGGAACAUGGCACCCUGGUCUAUGUCGGCUUUGGGAUGCAGAAGGAAGCCUUGUUUUACAGUCUGCACAAGAAACAGGUAGUCAUGAAGAUCCCCUUGCCAUACUUUGCCACGUCGCUCAGCCUGUCUCCUGGAGCGCGCUUCAUGGCUCUCGGCUUCGGGGCCCAGGUGGGGAAGACAUCCCUGAUCAUGGCCCUGGUGGGAGAGGAGUUCCCGGAAGAGGUGCCACCUCGUGCGGAGGAGAUCACGAUCCCAGCUGAUGUCACCCCAGAGAAGGUGCCCACGCACAUAGUGGACUACUCAGAGUCAGAGCAGACGGAGGAGGAGCUGCAGGAGGAGAUCUCUAAGGCCAAUGUGGUCUGCGUGGUGUACGAUGUCACCAAGGAGGCCACGAUUGAGAAGAUUCGCACAAAGUGGAUCCCCAUGGUGAACGGGGGAGUUGAAAAGGGCUCCAGGAUCCCUAUUAUUUUAGUGGGAAACAAGUCUGACCUGCAGAUGGGGAGCUCCAUGGAUGUCAUCCUGCCUAUCAUGAACCAGUUCUCAGAGAUUGAGACCUGCGUGGAGUGCUCUGCCAAGAACCUCAAGAACAUCUCUGAGCUCUUCUACUACGCCCAGAAAGCUGUGCUGCACCCCACGGCCCCCCUCUACGACCCAGAGGAGAAGCAGCUGAAACCUGCGUGCGCACGAGCACUGACCCGGAUUUUCAACCUUUCGGACCAGGAUAACAACCAGAUCCUUAGUGAUGAUGAACUCAACUACUUCCAGAAAUCCUGUUUUGGAAACCCACUGGCUCCCCAGGCCCUGGAGGACGUGAAGAUGGUUGUGUGGAAGAACACCACAGAUGGGGUGCAGGACAACGGCCUCACCUUGAAUGGGUUCCUCUUCCUCAACACGCUCUUCAUCCAGAGGGGCCGGCAUGAGACUACGUGGACCAUCCUCCGCCGCUUUGGGUACGACGAUGAGCUGGAGCUGACAGAUGACUACCUGUACCCGCAGUUCCGGCUGCCCCCGGGCUGCUCCACAGAGCUCAACCACUUGGGCUACCAGUUCCUGCAGCGGAUGUUCGAGAAGCACGACAAGGACCAGGAUGGAGCCCUCUCACCCACAGAGCUGCAGAACUUCUUCAGCGUCUUCCCCUGCGUGCCCUGGGGUCCCGAGCUCUACAACACGGUAUGCACCACUGAUAAAGGCCUGCUUUCCCUGCAUGGAUUCCUCUGCCAGUGGACGCUUGUGGCUUACCUGGACGUGCGGCACUGCCUGGAGUGCUUGGGCUACCUGGGCUACCCCAUCCUCUCGGAGCAGGACUCCCAGACACAGGCUCUCACGGUGACCCGGGAGAAGAGGAUUGACCUGGAGAAAGGCCAGACCCAAAGAAACGUCUUCCUGUGCAAGGUGCUGGGAGCCAGGGGUGCAGGCAAGUCUGCCUUCCUGCAGGCCUUCCUCGGCAGGAGCCUAGCGGUCCAGAGGGAGAACCCAGGAGAGCCAUUCCUCUAUGCCAUCAACACGGUGCAGGUCAGCGGCCAGGAGAAGUACCUUAUACUGUAUGAGGUGGGCAGUGACACGACAUUCCUGAAGCCGUCGGACACAGCCUGCGAUGUCGCCUGCUUCAUCUACGACCUGAGCGAGCCCAGGUCCUUCAGCUACUGUGCCAGUAUUUAUAAGCAACACUAUAUGGACAGCCAGAUCCCCUGCAUCUUUGUAGCCUCCAAGACAGACCUGCCAGAAGCGAGUCACCAGGCCGGCCUCUCUCCCGCCGAGUUCUGCUACAAGCACUGCCUCCAACCACCCUUCCUCUUCUCCUGCCACGGCCAGGGGCCACCCAGCACCGCUGUGUACACCAAGCUGGCCACCGCCGCCACCUUCCCCCACUUGAACGCCGUGGAGCUGGGAGCCGCAUCCUUCUGGCUGCGGGUGGCGCUGGGGGCCGCGGUGACAGCACUGGUGGGGUUCACACUGUACCGGGUGCUGGGCAAGAACAAAUGAGAGCCCCCCUGCUGUGACACCAGCCUCCCUGUCCCCAGCACCGCCCCUGAGGGGCCCUUCCUCAAGCUGGUCCCUGGUAGGAAAUGCUCCUUUUCCCCCAGACUGGAUUGCAGGACCAGUGAAACCAGAGCUCCCAGCACCAGCCACCCUGACCCUGCCAUCCUCAUGGCCCUGCCCAGCCGUGGUGCUGGGGCCAGCAGCUCAGGCGGGGGCUCUGCCUAACCAGCACCGGGGGGAUCAGCCUCAUCUUUUAUUCUGUUAAUAUUUUUUAACGUUUUUAAGCUCAAACGUGAGUGUUUCAGUGUCUGUGGGGCUGGGCACAUCCCUUCCCCAGCGGCUGUGCUGGUGCCCUCGUUCUGGGGGGCAGCACUGCCGGAGCCUCUCCAGCAGCAGCAGAGCCAUUGAUCGGGCUCGUGGCUUCAGCCUCCUGGGUCACCUGUCCCCUGUCCCUGUGUCCCUCAGCCAGCCCUGGGAAAGGCAGACCCCCUGUGUUUUGGGGUUGGGAUGCUGUGGCUGCAGCCCCUGCUGCAAGGGGAGGGGGUGAGCCCCAGGACAUGUCCCAGGCUCCUCUGUCUCUUGUUCCAGCACAAAACCACUCUAAGCCCUGGAGCGUGCCAGGCUCCUGGCCCCUCUGCCCUCCAUGAGGGCCUGGCACAUCACAGGACUCAUCCUGCUGUCCCCAGCAUGGGCCUGUGGCCCCACUGUGGCUGUCCCCAAGCACAGGGCUCUGGGUGUUGCAUCUCCUGGUACAACUGGAAGCUGUUUUCUCCCCCGUCCUCACCAGUGUUAAUGCUGUCACUUCAGCUCAGCGCAGAUCUGGGGCCAGGGUCCCAGAGCGUCCCCAUCUCCAUGUCUCAGAGAGCGAGGCCAGCCUGUGCCAGUGCCUCUGCUCUCCUCACAGCAUCCCUGGGCUUCCAGCCUCCUGCAGGGAGCCUGGGCUGGCUCCUGCCUGUGUGACCCUGGCUCCUGGGCUGUCUGAGCACGCUCAGGGCAGGUUUUGUUGCCAGCAGCUGCUGGGGCAGCACCAAGGUCACUGCUGGAGCUGCUUCUCUGUGUGUUGUGUCUAUUUCAACUCCUUAUCGGGGCCUGGAGCCAGUGAGGCGGGUGUGCUCAUCCCAGUGCUGCCCAUUGCCAGCGCCGGCUGGACAGGGAGUCCCUGCCUGGGCUGGAGCUGCUCUGCCAUCAGGCUCUUGUUGCUGGCCCAGGGUUCAUGGCACUGCCAGGACACAGCCCUGGUGUUUCCAUGUCCCUUGUCCGUGUGUGGCUGUUGGCCAGGCCUGUGUCCCGUGCUCUGACCCUGCUCCCAGCACCAAUCUGUGUCUGGCAAAGCCACACUUUUAGGUUUGUUGUUUACCCCAGAAUAAAUUUUUACACACCUUCCCCUUGCA